AUGGAUUGGUUUUCAUGGUUAUCAAAAACCACUCUUGACCCUUCACUCAUCUAUGACUAUGGCCUCAUCUUUGCACGCAACGAGCUUCAAUUACAAGAUGCAACUUAUUUCAACCAUGAGUUUCUUCAAAGCAUGGGAAUCUCAAUCGCCAAACAUAGGUUAGAGAUUCUCAAACUUGUCAAAAAAGACCAACAUCUAGACUCACUACAACAACAACAACCACUACCUAGGAAUCUCUCAAGUGUCAUCAAAAAGUGUCUCAAAAAAUGCUUGAGCAAGUUUGUUUCUCGCGACGACAACGAUGUUAAGAGAAACACAAACACGGUUUUAUCGACGGUUUUACGCGAACCAAAUUGUUAUCAAGGGAAAAAGUGGAAAGGAGAGAAUGAGAAGCCAGUUUCAAUGUGCAGAAGCAGAACAAUGCCAUAUUCAGGGCCAUUAGACGGAAGUAUGCAUGAGAGAAAAUUUGUGAACAAUAAAGCAUUGAAGUUAUCUGGGCCUAUUGAUGGAAGAAUGAUGAAUGAGAGAAUGGUGUAUACCAAUAGAAGCCCAUUGAGAACUAGGCCCAUUGAUGGGAGAUUUACAGGAACAGUUAAAAGCCCAAGAGUUUCUGGGCCUUUUGAUGCAAAGAUGUUGUUUGAGAUCAAUAGAAGCCCAACAAUUACAAGGGCUUCUGUUGAAACUGAUAGCCCAAUGGGUUAUUGUAGUCCAUAUAAUAAGCCCAAAGAUGAGUUUGAUUUGGAUGAUGAACAUAAACUUUGGCCUACACUCUUUGAUCUUAACCCAACUUGA